AUGUCCCAAGGGCCAAUUGAAAUGUCCCCAAACGUCCCCAGGGCCACCCCAAAUGUCCCCUCAGAAGUCCCAGAUGUCCCCAAGGCCACCCCCGGUGUCCCCCAGGCCCCUCCGGCCGUGGCCGAAGCCCCUCAGGCGGCGCCGCUCGGAGCGUCCGGCCCGGCCCAGCAGCUCCACCUGCACCGGCCGCGCCCGGGGGCCACCGGGGCCACCAACACCCGGGCCCAGCUGGUCACCAGGGCCACCCACACCCUGCUCCUGAUGGUCACCAGGGCCACCAGACCCCACCUGACCACCAGGAUUGUCACCCCCGUGGCCACCACUGACCCUGCAGCCACAGCCCCCGUGGCCACCAGCCCCAUCUUGGUGGCCACCACCCUCUUUGUGUCCAGUGGCCCCAAGGCCACCACCCUCAGUGUCCUUACGCUGGUGGCCACUGACCCCUUGACCACCAGCCCAGUGGCCACCAAGCUCAUCCUGGUGGCCACCAACCCCUCGACAACAACCCUCAAUGUCCCUGCUUUGGUGGCCAUCAACCCCUUGACCAUUCCCCCAGUGGCCACCACCCCCUUGACCACCACCCCACUGGUCACUGGUCCCUUGACCGCCACCUUCACAGUGGCCACUAACCCCAUCCUGGCGGCCACCAAGCCCAUCCUGCCUUGA